AUGAAGAAGAACAACGCCGACCUGCGCAAGCAGAACGAGAGCCUGCGCGACAGGGUCGAUGAGCUCGAGAAGUCGGCCACCUCCCGCAGGUCCUCCACCUCCUCCUCCUCCUCCCGGGACAACAAGCCGCCCAGCGUCGAUAAGAAAGAAAUCAAGACCGAACCGGGGACCACGCCCACGCCGACUGCGACGUCGACGCUUGCAGUAGAACCGCAGGCGCAGGCACAGCAGACGGCGGCCGCCGAGCAGGUGGCGGCGGCGGCGGCCAAGAUCGCAGAGUUGGAGAAGGCCACGGGAGAUCUGCUGCAGAAGAACCUCGACCUGGUGCGGAAGAACAUAGACCUCAUCCAGCGGUUCAAGGAGUCGCAGGCCACCAACAUGGCCCUCGAGGCCGCCCUCGCCGAAGCCAACAAGACCGUCGAGGACCUGCGACACAGGUGUGAUGGCCUCCAAGCGAAGAUGAACGAGAUGGAGGAGGAGGAGGUGCGUCGCAAGAGUGAGAAGGUGGAGAAGAAGAUGAAGAAGUUGGAGCAGCAGCUUGCCGCCGAAAACAACGGACCUUCUGACGCCGCUGCUGCCCAGCCCGCCGUCGCCGCCUUGGCCAGUGGCAACCCUACUACUACUGCCACCACCACCACCGCGAUGACACGAACGAACACUGACGGCGCCCCGCAGGCCACCAACGCUCAGUAA